CAAUGAUCCAUCUUGCUCUUCCUUUCUCUCAAGGGUCUCUCUCAAUCAUUCAAACACCACACCCAUUUACAUGGUAUCCCUCACAAGACCUUCAUUCAUCCUUGUUUUGUGCAUUCAUCUGUCCAGCAAUGCACUCCUCUGUCUGAAAGACCACUCCCACUAUUAAUGGACCAAGCCAAUCAUUCCCCACUCCUACUCUUCUUGGCUCUCAUCCUGUUCUCACACUUGCUCUGGACAGUUGUAAGGACAAUGCCGGAGGAUGAGGGGAAAGACAAUUAAAGGCAAGGUUAAUUACAGAGGCAAGGAAGCCUUUAUGACAAAAUGCUGGAUGUAAAUGGACCAUAAAUACAGCAAAAUCCAGGCCUAUAUAUGAAAAGGGGACGCUCUACCUGUCCCAUAACAAGCUCUGAAAAUCAUAAUUGAAAAGGACAAUAUGCAAGAGAAGAGAGACAGGUGGAAGGGAAGACACACAAGAGAAGGCCUGUCCUGUGAUGACUUGCUGUUUCUGCUCAGCAUUUUGGAAGGGGAACUACAGGCAAGGGAUGAGGUAAUUGCUGUUUUGAAAUCAGAGAAGACAGAUUCAGGUCUACUGAGGACCCACUAUGGUUUCAGCAGACAGAAGAUGGUGCUUCAUGCCCUGCGGAUAGACUCCCUCUGGGCCCAGCAGGACCACUUGCAGGAUGUGUACGAAAGACCUAAUGCUGAGCUCAAACACUUGGUGGAAGCCCACGAGCAUUCCUCAAAACAGAUGAUGAAGCAGCUUCAGGAGGUUACCCGCUCUCAUUCUGACGCCCUGCACAGGCUGGAGGAAGAAGAAAAAAGCCACAGGGCUUUGAUCCACAAGAGCAACAGCCUUACCACUCUGCUGAAGCAGGACAGAGAGAGACUCAAGCUGUUGCUUAUAAAGGAAAGAGAGUACCAGGAAAUUAAAGAGAAGAAAAAUGAAAGAGAAGUAUCCAUUCUAAAAAAGGAGCUGACCGAGCUGAAGGCUUUUGCACUGCUAGUUGUAAAGGAGCAAGAGAGACUGAGCAAGCUGCUGGAGAAGCAGAAACGCUGUACCAAACAACUGACGGCUAUCACUGACCAUAUCAAGCAGAGGCUUAGUGCUCCUAGACGAAGAGCAAAGGUGGGGGAGGAACUGAAAUCGCUGCAUAUCGGGGUUGAGCUCCACAAUCAAGUUUCCCUCUUCCACGAAAGCCAGAACAACAUGACAGCCCUAAGCCUCCUGUCAGAGGUCGAGGUACUGAGGAGAAGGGUGGUGCAAAUGGAGGGGAAAGAUGAAGAGCUGAUACGCAUGGCGGACCAAUGUCGAGACCUGGACAGCAGACUAGCGAAGGAGACCAGCAACUGCCGUAGCCUGAAAGCUGAAGUGGAUAAACUCAACAGCAGAAUUAGUGAACUGGACAGGAUGGAGGAGGCUUUAGGCAAGAGCAAACAGGACUGCAGCAUCCUAAAAAACAGCUUGGAGCAAGAGAGACAGGUCAGCAAAAUGCUUUCUGAUGAACUUGACACUUUAAGGCUAAAGGUAAGAGAUCUAGAGGCUGUUGAGAGCCAACUGGAGAAGAGUGAAAUGGUCAUCAGACAGGAUCUUGGCAAGCUGAGGUCACUGACUGUAGCGUUGGUGGAGGACAGAAAAGCUAUGGCUGAGAGGCUCCGACAGGCUGAGGAAAAACUACAUAGGAAGGAGGGCAAAAGAAAUGAGCAUGGCAAUUUGGCCACAAUGACAGAAAAGCUGAGAGAGGACCGGCUGCAGGCACUGAGGUCUCAAGUGGACUUGGAAGAAACAAUAAAGAGCAUAGCAAAGGAAAAAGAUGAUCUCCUGGACAGUCUGAACAAAGAGGAGGAAAGAAACAGAGAACUACAGAAUAAGGUAACCAUAAUGAAGAAGAAGUUACAGGUCUUGGAGAACAGGAAAGAAAAAGAGGACAAAUACUCAUACAGCUCUAUCCCAAAUAACACUGCCUAUUACUGCCAAACUGAAGACAACAAAGUUAAAGAACUGACCCGUGAGUUAGAAAAGCUGCAAAAGAGACUCCAGGAUAAGGAAGUGCUGGAGGGAGAACUGAUGAAACUGGAAGAGGACUUUGAGUGUCUUGAAAAGAGGCUCCAUGAGGAACAGACGAGGACCCAAGCUCUAACAGAGGAGCUGGAGGUGACAAAGAGAGAGCUUUCAAGGUACGAGCAGGCAGAGAAGCAGGAGGUCAACCAGGAGCACCUUCUCCUUUGCCGCCUUCAGAAGGAGCAGGUUAAAUCUAGACUCUUAACCAGAGAAGUAGACAGCCUGAAAGAAAAACUCCAGAAGCUGAUGGGAACAGAAGAAUCCAUUUGCAGGAUGCAAGUGGACCAAUCCACACUGCAAAGAAAACUGAGCCAGCAAGAAGCCAAGAACAAAGAGCUGGCCAGAGAAAUGAAGGAUCUUACUGGUGAGCUAGACAGAUACAGACACAUCAAUAGUGUGAAACCCAGUGCCAGCAAACACACUGCAGUCCAUGAUCAGACCACCAGAGGGGUACAAACUGAACCUGCACAGAGCCUGCCUUCUGACUAUCGGAGACACAGCAAGAAACUAGAUGAACAAAAUGGUGACACAGACCCAAACCAUAAUGUAGAGAUCAUCAACAAAAGGAGCUCUCCUGUCAACAGCCUUAACAGCUUAAACAGUUCGAAUAACAACCUAAGCCAGGACAGCAGCCACUCAGGGGCAGAAAUGCACCCAACAAUUAAUGGAGAAGUUAUGAUGUUAACACACACACCAGGUCAGCCACUGCACAUCAAAGUAACACCGCAUCAUGUCCUCAACACAGCGAUGCUCGAGAUCAGUAGCCCAACUGGAGAGACAGCAUCAUCGUACACCAGCACAGCCCUAAUCCCGACGAGUGGAGCUUCACCCAAGCAGAGAAUUACCAUCAUCCAGAACCCUAAGACCCCCACUUCCAGCCCUGACCGUGCCAUCUCCCCCCUCGACGGAGCAAACAUGUCUCGGAUGUUGAGCCCAAAUUCCUCACGCUCUGUCACACCCGACCACAACAGCUCUCCUAUUCAGAUCGUAACUGUCAGGAGUUGCUCUCCGGAGCCAGCAGAGGUUACAGAUCAGACCAUUUUCUGCAAGACACCUGAACAGCAGAACGGCUGGCACCAUUCGAGGUCCAGUACCCCUGACUCAAGUCCCAGUAUCAUCACAACAGAGGACAGUAAGAUCCACAUCCAUCUGGGGAGCCCAUAUUUCCAGCCCCGACAUGGUAUGACCCACAACUUCCCACAGCCCAUUGGGCCAUACUAUGUUCGACAUGAACAAAGAACUCAAGUACUCACUAACGGCUGUCAUGUAAAAGGUGUUGGAAAGAUUACAAGUAGUAUCACUAUAUCCCCUGCUAGCUCGCCAGGAUCAUAAUCCUCAAAUGUUACAACAAGCGGCCUUUGUAUUUAGGUGAAAUACAAAUAUAUAAUAUGUAUUUUGCAAAAAAUAUGUCCUCAGUCAUCAUUUUAAACUCUACACAACCAAAAUAAUUCUGCAAAUGAAAAGUAUUUUGAUGUAUUUGAAUGUUUCGUCAUGUUUGUUUAAUGUGAGCCUUUGUAAAGCUUACUUUAUUUGAUUACUGUCUCAAGAUUUAUUGACUUUAACAACCCUUCAUUGUAUGUCAAGUGCCUGUCUAAGACAUAAGUGAGAUGUCAGUGUUUCAUUAACAUUCCUUUUUUUCCCUUGUUCAUUAAAAGUUAUCUUGUUUUCUAUGUAUUCAUACUGAAUACUUCUCAGAGGAACUGGGUCGCUUGCCAGUUUAAAUGCAAAACAGCUGGAUUUGGGAAAAAGUGAGUGCAAAACAGUGCUUUGAUGUUUGAUGAAUUACUGGAAGAAAAAAAAAAAGCUUUAUAUGUUUGCUGAGCUGGGUUCGACUCAAAAACCUUUUUUCCCCCUAAUGCAAGGAAACUUGGAACACUUGGUGAUGGAGGAGGUGUCCCGGUUUAAUUGUGAAUUGACCACUAAUUUACUUUUCAGUAAAUAUUGUGAACUGUAAUUGUUAUUAUUAGCAUUUAACUCAUUUCAAAGUGACAAGUGAUCCAAUUAAAUCGUUUAAAAAAGGUUUAAUAGAUACAUUUCCACGGCUUUCCUGUACUGUGAAAAUAAGCAAGACCCCCAAAGUAUUCAGCAUGUGUCUCCUCCUGUCACACAAAUAUCCCAAUGUAUAGAUUAAUGAGGCAUUGUGACACCAUACUGAUGUGCUUACUUUAUGAUUCUACAGCCUGUAUGAUGUAGACAAAAAGUAGUUUUGGUUCUCAAAGCUCCACUUAAAUUCAGCUAAACAAUAAUUCUGUUGUUUUCAAGACACCUAUUUAAGAUUCAGAUGAAGCAUACUAAAAAAAAGCAAGUGUACUGUUGAAAAAAGUAAUGGAAA